AUGAAUCGUUUCGAAGGAGGUCUAAACGUUGACCUUCAGGAGAAACUAGCAGCACAUAUGAGCAAAUCCUAUCAGGAAUUGUAUGAUAGGGCCAUCAAUGUCGAACGCAAGACGAAACUUAGAAAGGAGGUGUUUGAAAUGGUAAGAGGAAAGGAAAACCUCAAGAAGGCCAAUCAAGCAACAUUUCACAAGAAGUUGAAUACUGGUCUGGAGGAAAUCGUAAUCAAAGACAAGUUCCUCGGCCAUAUAGUGAAAGAUUGUCCUGUUCAAGAACAACGAGGCCACAACGUGAACAACCAUGGCUUCACAAGGAAUCAAGGGAAUGGACAGAACUCCACUUAUAGCGGCAAUGCGAACAACAAUCGUAAUCCUCCGAGAGGACCUCCACAAGCUGGGAGAGUGUUCAUGAUGCAAAGAGAAGAAGCUGAAGCUGAUGAUACCGUCAUCACUGGUACUUUUCCUGUCCACUCUAUACCCGGUUGUGUUCUUUUUGAUUCUGGAGCUUCACAUUCAUUUAUAUCUACUGCAUUUUCUAGAACUUUGAAUGCAAAACCAUGCCCUAAAUUCUCUGCCAUGUCAGUUUCCAUCCCAAAUGGUGAAUCUAUCUCAUGUGAUGUCAUGUAUAGAAACUGCCCUAUCCUUAUAGGAGGCUAUGAGUUCCUAGUUGACCUAGUUCAAUUUGAAUUAACCGACUUUGAUGUGAUAUUGGGAAUGGAUUGGUUAUCCAAGUACCAAGCCGACAUUAAUUGCCUUAACCAUGAGAUAACCCUUAGAAGACCUGAUGGGUGCAAGGGUUGUUACGGAUACCUUUGCAAUGUAAUAGACCUAACAAAACCUGAAGUCUCUUUGUCCGACAUCCCUAUAGUAAAAGAGUACCCUGACGUAUUUCCAGAAGACAUACCUGGUAUGCCUCCGCAAAGAGAAAUAGACUUUAGCAUCGACCUUAUUCCGGGAGCUGCCCCUAUCUCGAAGGCACCAUAUAGAAUGGCACCAGCUGAAUUGCAAGAAUUGAAGAAGCAACUAGAUGAAUGCUCGAGAAAGGGUACAUCCGACCCAGUGUUUCACCCUGGGGUGCACCAGUCUUGUUUGUAA